AUGGACCAAAGGCAGCGGAAGCAGUUUGCAGAGGCUGUGUCUGUGCUGGGCUGCUGGGCUGUUGGCUGGCCCUUCCGCUCUCCCCGUGCUGGCCCAGCGCGCCGGGGGGGACCCCCACAGGACCCCAUCCGUGGGCAGGACGCGGCGUGGGCUGAAGCACCCAAAGGCUGGGGCUGUGAGGAAGACGAGCAGCCGCAGCCAGAGCCCGGCUCCAGCGAGGGACAGGAGAACAGGCCUUCGCCCAAGGAGCUGGAGGAGCUUGAGCUGCUGAACAGGGCCUUAGAGAAGGCACUGAAAGUCAGGAAAAGCAUCUUGAAAGCUCCAUUAGAGGCCCAGAGAGCUGCAGGAGGGAAAUCUGCAGGUGAGGGACCUGCUCCCGAGAAUGCUGAAGAGCAGCCUGUACCUGUUGAGGAUGUUCCUGAGAGUGCGAAGGUGCUAAGCAAAGCUGCCCUUGUUAUGCUCAGAUGCCAGCUGAAGCUACCUCUUCCCUACCGGAAAGCCUAUUCCAGGAACUCCAGUCCUGCGGAGAUAGAGGAGGAAUUAAAGGUCCUCCAGGAUGUGCCCUCCCUUCUGAGCCAGCGUGUGGAAGCUGAGCCUGCAGACCAUCCCACUCUGCAACGGGAAUAUGAAAGCCUUCUAACCUUGGAGGGUUUGCAAACCACAGUUUCCCAGUGCCUGCACAAGCUGCAGCUUCUGCGAGCAGGUGUGCUGGCUGUGCCUCUCCUUUGUUACUCCAGUCUCCAGGAGCUGAGGGACCUGUUUGCCUUGAAGCUGCGAGUGUCAAUGCUGCACCAAGAAAUUGCCUUACAACAGAUCACGAUGGCAGAACUCCUGCCUGUCCUGGAGUCCAGGCUCUACCCGGAGGCCUCUGCCGCUCAGCUGUAUCGGGCAAUUUACACACAGCUCUGUGAAGGAGGCAAGAGAUUCCCUGUGCUGGUGAGAGAUGAGCUGGCAGACUGA